AUGUCGUGUGAGACUAGUUGCAGUAGCUGCCCAUCAAAGGGUAUGUGCGCUAUAAAAAAUGAAGGAAAUAUACCAAGUGAAAUACAGAAGAAGUUCAUGAAUAAGACUGUGGUUGGUGUAAUGAGCGGAAAGGGUGGAGUUGGAAAGAGUACUAUUUCAGCAAGCCUAGCACUCCAGAUAUCUAAAGAGAAGCGAGCCUGCCUUAUUGAUGCGGACAUUGCAGGGCCCAGUAUAUCUAGAGUCACUGGAGUGGAUAGCUCGCAUAUAAUUGCAGAAAAGCUUAUUCCAUCCCAGCUGGACUCCUUAGACAUAUUUACACCCGAGAGAGGAAAAGAAAAAUACACGAAAGGAAUUGAAAUACUGCAGUACUUGGAAAGCAUUGAUGUGGAAGAGUAUGAUGUGGUGGUGAUUGAUACGCCCCCUGGCACAUCUGAUAUACAUAUCGCACUUGCCAAGCAUAUUCCGGAGAUAAAUAUUAUUUUAGUCAGUACACCGCAUAGGCUGAGCAUUGCAGAUACAAAUAGGCAGAUCUCAUUUUGUAACAAGUCUUCUCUGAAGAUCAUUGGUGUGGUGGAGAACAUGAGCGGGCACACCUGCGGGCACUGCAACUUUUUUAUUCCAGUGCACAAGACACUGCAGCUGGAGGGGAUUGGCGAGGAUGUACCCCGCAUUACGGUGCCAAUGAACCAAACAAUAGCCAAAGAAUCGGAUUGUGGUGUGGUGAAAUCGGUUACAGCGUAUAUGAACAUCAAAGAACUGAAAAUUUUUAACUAA